UUACAUUGGAUCACCAACUCCAACAUUUACAUUCAGUUAACACCAUUUACUUUGAAUCGGUUUUUGCUUUGUACUGAGGAGUAGCCGAUGUACGACCACACAUGCUGUAAUCGUGGACACUUUGUGUUGCUUGGCAGAAGAACCCUACUAUCGAGCGAACCGAAGCAAUGGCCAUAAGUCAUGUUGUGAAGCAAUGAAAGUUCCUGUUGAUGGUUAUAGACAUUUUUGUUGGCAAAAGAGGUGCCUCUCAAACAGGGCUGCUUUGGAGUUGAUUUUACUUUGUUGGAUUGUCAGCAAAAGUCUCAUUUCGUUUUUGCAUUCAUGUGGGGUUCAGAAUAGUUCACUUGUGGAAAACCUUGAAUGCAUCCAGAGAGUGUCGGGUGUUGAAGUUGCCUCAAUGUUGCAGACCGAGUUGAUAGACGUUUAUGAUAAUGUUUUGCUGGGUGGAAUCGGAUUGUUUGCACUGUUGAGUAGACUGGGUUGUUGAAGGAGGAGGCAGAGGGUGAGUGCUCCGUGUCGCUGCCGGUCCCGUCUCCCCGGACACGAGCACGCGCCUGAGCGCCGGGCGUGAGCCACUUCCGCGGUUCAGCCGGUGGAGCGAUUGUAAAUGACGCUUGGUUUGGCUGGAAAAAAGGCUUCCUGUGUUGCAGUGUGGCUCAGCAUGGCCUUGCUGCCUCGGAAGAAGAAGCGGAAAGAUCCAGGUCUUCCUGGUGCCUCUCACUCUCGGGCCGGAGAUGGUCCCCUCACAGUGGCAAAGUUCUCUGAAGUUGGCAUAUUUUUGGUGGAGAGGAAAAUGGGCUCGAGCAGGAGAAGCUUUCUCACACAGCUUGCUCGGAAAAAGGGGUUUCGAGUGGAAGAGCGGAUGAGUGAAUCCGUGACUCAUGUUGUGUCUGAGAAUAACUCCGGUGAUGAGGUGUUAGAAUUGCUGGAUAAACAGAGUGGAAUUUGCAGAGCGGCUUUGGUAGAUAUCACGUGGUUUACUGAAAGUAUGGGAGCAGGCAAACCCUUGGAAGUAGAAAAUCGUCAUCGGCUUCAGGUGAAGACAGCUGCUGAUGGUGGCCCCAUUGGCAUUCCUAUUUCACAGUACGCCUGUCAAAGAAGGACUACACUGAAUAAUAAAAAUAGUUUAUUUACGGAAGCUUUGAAGAUACUUGCUGAAAAUGCACAGUUAUGUGAGAAUGAAGGACGAUACCUAGCAUUCACAAGAGCAUCUUCUAUUCUGAAGUCAUUGCCCUAUUGUGUAACCAAAAUGGAUGAUCUCCAAGGGAUUCCCAGUCUUGGAGAACAUUGCAAAAGAGUGAUUAAGGACAUCCUUGAAGGUGGAAUCUGCAGGGAAGUUGAGGAGUUAAUCCAAAAUGAAAGAUAUCAAACAUUAAAGCGAUUUACCAGUAUCUUUGGCGUUGGUGUGAAGACAGCUGAUAAGUGGUACAGAGAGGGACUGCGAACUCUGCAUGAACUGAGAGCAUCAAAAAUACUACUCACAAAAGAACAAGAAGCAGGCUUACUUUAUUAUGAAGACCUCAUUGUCCCAGUAACAAGGACAGAGGCAGAUUCAAUCACGAAAAUCGUUGAAGGAGCUGUACACAGAUUUCUGCCUGCUGCAGUUAUCAAGUUAACUGGUGGUUUUCGAAGAGGAAAGGAGUAUGGUCAUGAUGUUGACUUUCUCAUAACUCACCAAGAAGAAGGCAAGGAACAGGGUCUUCUUUACCAAGUGAUUAACUGGAUGGCUGCCCAGGGUAUGAUAUUAUACGAUGACAUCACAGACAACAAGGACCAAAAGUGGAAGAACAAGGAGCCUGAGAUAUUUGAUAGUUUUGCCAAGUGUUUUUUGAUCUUCAAACUGCAGAAGGAUGUGGUAAACGUUCUACGCCCGAACACAGCAGGCGAUGAUGACUCUUUGGCUGCGAAUAAGGCAAAGGAAAUUGGGCGUGGUGGCCAUGCAGAAACAUGUGAGCGUGCAACUUGUGCUGCAGUGAAGGUUAAAGACUGGAAGGCUGUCAGAGUGGAUCUGGUGGUUGCACCCUUCAGCCAGUAUGCCUAUGCCUUAUUAGGAUGGACAGGCUCACAGCUGUUUGAACGAGACCUACGAAGAUAUGCCAAGCACUUCAAACAUAUGAGUUUGAGCAGCCAUUCUUUAUUUGAUAAUGAACAGGUAGGAAGAAAUUGAAUUCCUUGCCUCUGCAUCUUCUGAAAAAUCUUCACGUCAAAUCUGCUGUUGUCCUGGAAAUGCUGUGACUGUUCAAUCAGCAGAGACUUGUUGGGUUGAAUCACCCCCUUCCGUGUUUUCUGAUUCUCAGUGAUGCCAUGUCAUAGUAUUCCACAGAAUCAAAGUAAAGUUUGGCAAAGAGGCCAUUCAGCCAUUGUGUCCAUGCUGUUUGUGUAAAGGAUCUGUCUAUUCUAAUGUUACCUUGUACACCCUAGUAGACAGCUUGGCACAUUGGAGCAAUUCAGGUGCAUAUUCAGCAUCCUUUUAAAUCAAUUGAAGGCUUCCAUCUCAACCAUCAAAAUGGGCGGCAAAUUCUGGGCUGAAAAGGAUGAAAAGGUGAUUGCUCACAUCCCCUCUAAUCCUUCCACCAAUCAUUUUAAAUCUAUGUCCCGCAGUAA